UUUCGCAGCAAUCCUGUGUGUGUGUGUGGACUGAGCACAAACACACAGAAACAAGUGUGCAACCGAGCACACACCUCACGGCACCACCUCUCACACAUCGACCUCAACACCACACGCAUUCUCGUCCUGUUCACCUCGCCUUCCAAGCAGCCCUUGGCCUCAGUGACGCGCGACGAGCCAGUCAGUCACCAGUUUGACACCGAUUUGGCACACCUUUGGUCGGCACAACAAUGGGCUGGACGCUGCGGAUCCGGUACAGUGGCAGUGUGCAGCAGUUGCAUGACGUGGACGAAACCGCAUCCCUGCAGGCGCUGCAUGAUCGCAUUGCCGCCGCCGUUGGCGUGCCUGCAGAGUCCAUGCGCCUGCUUGCCGGGUUCCCGCCACGGCCACUGGCAAGCGCUGAUGAUGUAGCCACAACGGAGAAGCCAUUGACAGAGAUACCGGGCCUCAGCAACUGCACCACGUUGGUCGUGACACAGCCGCCACAACAGCAGCAACAGCAGGAGCAGCAAGGCGAUGAGCACAGCAGCGGCGGCGCCGACGCUGCUUCGCGUGCAAUUGCAGCGCGUGCAGCAAAGGCAUCACGGGCCCGGGACGGCGCAGGCAAAGGUGGAGGUGGACCUGGACGUGGGCGUGGGCGUGGCGGCAAGCCAACAGCGAGUGAAGAACAGGCAGACGCGCUCUCGUGGCAGGAUGGGCUCGCAGACGACCUCAUCAAGGCUGUGGACGGCAACGCCGUGACAGCGUCCCUGCGCGACCUUCGACAAAGCGUCAAGGACAUGAUGCUGAAGGCUCAGGCGCAGCGUCGGGCGUACGACCGGGAAACGGCUGCGCGCGGCGGCACACACGAGAUUGGCGACGUGCCCGGCGAGUUUACGCUGAGCGGCAUCUCGCGGCGGUUCCGCGUCACGUUCCCCAUUGGUCGACGCAAGACGGCGCACGAGGACUACCCGAAGCUGCCCGCCAUCAUCAUCGGUCACCUCUUCACGCAGCUGUCGAGGCACCCUGACCACCGGGAGAACCUGCGGCCGUUCAACAUGGCGCUGACAUCGCCCAACGUGUUCUGGAACGUGGUGCGGCUCAAGGACGAGACAGGGGAGGCGGCUGCCAACAUGGACCUGGAGGAGUAUGUGCAGUCGCUGGCGCCGGGUGCAGACUGGUCCUUUCUGCGGCACCGCGUGCGCAACAUGUCUGCGAAAGCUCUCGAGAACAAGCGGAUGGCCGACGAGCGGAAGAGGCGGAGAGAGGCGCGGCAGGCCAAGGCGAAGCGAGCAAAGGCACAGGCCGACGAUGGCGACGAUGGUGAUGACGGUGGUGACGACGGUGACGAGGACGACAAUGAUGGUGGUGGUGAAGCUGUUGUGGGUGACGAACAGGAGACAGGCACGGCCGAUGACGAUGCUGUUGUGGUCGUGGACUGA